CUGACAACUUUGCAGUUGCGAUUCCAUGAAAGAGUCGGGUACCAGGAGCACAGACCUCCGCAUUCUCACAGCUGUGCGAUAGUCCCUCCUCAGGGGUGCAAUACACAUUGUCGCUUCGCAGCAUGGCCAACAAGCUGGAAUACAACCAUGUAUGGAUAUCACAGUUCGUACCCUUUUCAGCUCCCUGGAACCGCUAGCAUUCUAUAUUGCUCCUAUCAUGCGGAUCACAACUUUAAGAAUGAACCAUUCAUUUUCCAUGCAUCCAUGGAUAUCACAAUUCGUACUCUUUUCGGCUCCUUGGAACCGCCAGGCAUUCCAUAUCGGUCCUAUCAUGCGGAUCACGAUUUUAAGAAAGAGUUGAUGGGAACCUCGAGCCACCACAACACCUACCUUUGUGAUUCAAUUUCCUCUCAAACAUCCGGUUAUCGAUACCUCUUUUCAUUAGUGCCGACUCUAGUCUUUCAAAUGCAUGUUCCCACCCUCUCAGUCCUGACCGUCCUAGCGGUUAUGGCAACUGCCAUCCCCGUCGUCUACCUCGCCGAACGUGACAACCCUUCCACGCCCAGUGCCAACGAAGCUGUUCCGUCAGCCGAUACAUUCAAAGACUACGGUAGUUAUGGGGCCUAUAGUACCUAUGGUACCUACGGAGCUGCGGUUGACAAAGGGGCGGCGGCUGUGGCUGCGAUAGUUGAGAGGGGUGGUGAGGAGAUUGUCGAAAGUGGCGCUAGAGACAUGGCGGGUAGGGAUGAGUUGGAUAGGAAUGAAGAGAUGGAGAGGGAGCGCCAGCGCCAUAACCAGGGGCGUGAUAGGUCUGUGGCGGACCUAGAUCAUUCGAUGGGAAAAGCAGAUAUGGGUGUAGGGUCAGAGAAUCAGCAUCAGAAGCGGGAAAUAACAACAGCGAUGUCGGAGAUGUCCAACGAUAAGAUGGAUAUAGAAGUGGACAAGAAUAUGAACACAGACAUACGCCAGCGCGACAGCGACACGGCAAACAAGGUUCUUCCGUAUAACUGGUACGGAGCGUACACACCUUACGAAACGUAUGGGAAGUAUGGAGAUGGUGUGGAUCAGGAGGCUGCGAAGAAGGGCAUGGCGGAUAGGAUGGCAGAUAAGGCUCCCGUGGGUCCGGCGGGGGAAAAAGUCUGA